ACUAAUCAUAUGAUUUUCCAUUAAUUAAAAAAAAAGCACUAGAACAUUGAGAUUUCCACAAGCAAGCUCCAAGAGCAAGAAACAUUACACAUUUACACAAUAACUAAUUAAGUCCAUUUUGAGGAGAUGCCGCCGAAGGAGGAGCCCAAAUCCGUGGUGAAAAGUGUGAAGAAGUGUUUUCCGGAUCAGCCGGCGACGGGCUGCUACGUUUUAUAUGCCUUGCCGUUUGUCAUUUCGCUGGUCCCUUUUAUAAUGAAGAAGUUAAGCAGAAGAUGUUCGAAACCGCCGAAGCCCCCCUGUUGCUGAAGAGCGCGUGUACCCGAUGGUGAUGAAAUCCGAACAAAGUUUAUGGACUUAAUAAACUAAACAAAACAGAACGUUUAGAUUUUCAUUUCUAGAAUAAAAGUUCUCUACCAGCCAGUUAAUGUUAAGCAGUACGGCCCAAAUGCUUAAAAUCCCCGAUGCGAAAACAACGAAUACAACAAUACAUACAAGAAUUAAAGGUUCUCAUCGCAUGAAAUGAUUUUUUUUUUCAACAGUUGGAGUUUAAAUAAACAUUCAGUACUAGACGAUCCAGAUGAAAAACUAAUCAGGCUCUGCAAGACAAGUUCAACAUUACAAAAGCCACAACACACAAUAACAUCAAAAAUGUCUAAGAAAGUGGAAACUCCUGCCAAAAAACCGACUGAAUACCAGAACAAUUCUUGUGCGGCCAAAGGGGAGCUGGCCAAGAAGUUUGAAGAGCUAUGCCCCAGUUGUCCCCCGUUCCACCGGACUGUAUUUUACUCAAUCCCCUUACUCAUCGGAGUCCCGGUUCUGCUCAGAUUCCUGUUCUGUGGGCCCAUCUGCGUUAGACCUAGGCAGUGCAGCAAAAUCCACCCGGGUUGCUGCCUACCAAAACCAACAGGGAAACGGUGUUACUAAGAAUGACUUUGUGUGGGAUACUGUCAAAUAUACUUUUAUUAACUAAUCA